GUCUGUUAAGGCUUUGUCCUGCGCCUGCGCCUGCGUCUCAGCAGAGCCGUUGCCAUAUUUUCGUUCGACCCGUCACAUUAUUCUCCACAACUCUGACAAAACUCGAGCCCAGACCCCCAGCAACCCUUUCGUUCUUUCAUCUUCGGACAUCUUCACGACCCUUGCUAGUUACCAUGGCUGAUCCUCUUGACCAAAACUUGAGUUCUAUCAGUAGCGAAAGUGAAGAAAGCGACGAAGAGGAGAGUUCCGAAGAAGGUGACGAAGAAGUCGAUGAGGAAGUCGAAGACAACGCUGCCGUCGUAGAGAAAAAGUCCCUGCCUGCAGAUGAUCUUAUCUGUCCCAUUACUCACGAAUUGUUGUGGGACCCAGUUACAGCCGAAGAUGGGCACUUUUAUGAAAAGGAAGCCAUCGAAGAAUGGAUUGCCGUCAACAGUCGAUCACCUCACACGAACGAGCCCAUCGGGAACCGGCUCCUUCCUGCACCGCAAAUCAAGAGCUUGAUCGAAACAUUGAUUCAGGCUGGUGUUAUCGAUGGAGCGUUAGCUGAUGCAUGGAACGAGAAGGAUCGGGCGUUUCGAGUCAAUCGAAAUAAAGAUGAUUUGAUACGCAAGGCUGGGAGCGGCAACCGAACGGCGAUGCUGAACUUGGCACGAAAUUAUCGUAUUGGUCUAGGUGGCUUCGACAAAGACGAGAACUUGGCAUAUCAUCUGUAUGAAACGGCCCGUGAUGCAGGAUCCGUGAAAGCUACAGCAAGAGUCGGCAUUUGUUUUUGCACAGGAAAAGGAGUUUCAAAGGCCACUCGAAGAGGUGUUUAUUUCCUAACCAAGGCGGCGUUUAAAGGAUCUGACUUAGCUAGCUACGAACUCGGGAUGGCCCUCGCAGACGGUAAGUAUGGAUUGUACGCGGACGAAAAGGAAGCCAUCGAGUGGCUGCAGAAGGCAAGUGGCGAUUGUCGUCACAUGCACAUGACGGCAGAACAAGAAUUCGAUUGUCGAGUAAAACUAGCGGUACUCUUGGAGAGCUAAGUCGGCACUCUUUUGUGUUUUGGAGUGGCGCGGCCAUUGAGAAUGAAAACAACUACAUGUACAUGUACAUGUUUGGUAAAAGGGGUUACCCUUCGACAGAUCGGUACCAUACAUCAGCCCUACCUAAACGGACGCAUCGAGGGUCAACACGUUCCGCUCAAUUAUGAGCUUUCAAGUGCAUGCGUUCUACGAUUCGAACAGACAACAGAGUAGUUCUACUCUUCUUAAAAGUAAUACCAUUGUUUGUUUAGU